GCCAGUCGCCGCCACCACUCUCCACCUCAAGCCACUAGUUUUCUUCGACGCCCCGCCGUCGCCAAUCGGAAAUCUGUUAAAGCUAUGGAAAAUGGUGAAGCUAUGAAUCCUGAGAGUAUACAAAGUACUAAUUUUAUAAUCAAAGUGUCUCAUGAAGCUAAAUUAAGAGAGUUAUUACGUAACAUCACCUCAGUUGAUCUCCAAUUAUGCUCAGAAGCGUCAAAAGAGUUUAUGAAGCUACUAAGAGGCGAUGAAGGAGGCGAAAUGUUACGGGAGUAUGUACAAACAUCGUCCAGCUGUUCAGAGCUUCUACAAGCAUGGAAUUUACGACAAUCAAAGACUGGUUUGUCUUAUAUAAUGUCGUUAAUCAAUGUAAUUUUGAGUCAAAAAGACGGUCUUUAUAAACCCAAUGAUGUGGCUAGGCUUUCAGUUAGCAGGGCCUUAGAUAAAUUUGCCCGUUUGAUUCUUGAAGAAAAAUUAGGAGAUGUUUAUAAGGAGUUGAAUAGUAAAGAGGGCAAAGGGAAAAAUGCUGCAUUGUUGUUGAUGGCUUCUGUUGUGAAACGAGGUUCUGGAUUGGCUUCGGAUGUUGCCAAGAGUUUUAAUUUUAAGCUGCCAAGCUUUUUGAAGCUAGCCGAGUAUGAUAGGAGGAGGAAGAACGAGGAAAAGUUAAAAAGGAAGAGCUCUACAAGGAGGUCAUAUGUUCGGUUUGCUAUGUCCUUUUUAGAAAUUGGGGAGCCUAGGUUGUUGAGGUGGGUAUUGCAGCAGAAGGAAAUGUUUUCUGGGCUUCUUCGUGGGCUUGGGAGCGAUGAAGAAGAAACUGUUGUUUACGUUCUAUCUACAUUGAUGGAUAAGGUUCUUGUACCUGAGUCUUUGGUGCCUGUGGGGCUCAGGAGUGUUUUAUUCGGGAGUGUUACUUUGGAACAAUUGGUUAACAUAUCUGGAAGGGGUGGUGGUGGAGUUGCUACUGAGGUGGCGACAAAGGUCCUGUUUAUGGUCUGCACUGAUCCUUCUAAUGGGUUGAUGCCAGAUACAAAGGCAUCACCCUUUCCAUUGAAGGGAAAUCCAACUCGACUCUUGGGUGUUAUGAAGAAGCUCAAAGCUACUGAGAUUGAAUUUCACAGGGAUCUGCUAUUAGGCAUUGUACGUGGAAGGCCGUCAUUUGGUUCUGCAUAUCUGGAUGAGUUCCCUUACAAUCUUGAAGACAACGCAACCUGGUUUGCUGCUGUUUCAUUGGCUGCAAACUUGAUCUCUUCAGUGAAUGCAGGUUUGUUUUUUGAUUUUCUUGAUUCUCAGCCCCAGGAGCCACCAUCUUUUAACAGCUCUGAAGUGCAAAGUAUAAUAAAGUGCAUUGGUCCACGUCCAUUUAACCGAAUAGUAAUGAAUAAAGGAUUACUUCAUUCCGAGUCUCAGAUUCAGCAUGGAACGUUACGGCUUGUUUUGGAGUCACUGAAGUUAUUGGAUUCUCUCUUUUCUGCUCUAAGCCGUAGAUCCAAAUCUAGCAAGCAAAUUGGGUGCAAGUGGGCGUCUCUUAUGCAAGAUAUUCAGAAUGAAGUGCAAUUGUUGCUCCCUGAUCUUCAAGUUUUAUUGUCAUUGAUUUCUUCUCUCAGUAGCCGCUACAAGAGUGAGGAACAAACCUUGAAGAGAGUUGCAGAAACAACUGUUCUACAUGAACAUAGUUCUAGUAAUAAGAAGUUUAAGACUUGUACUUCAAAUGAGGAAACAGAUAUUGUUAUCGGUGGUAUUGGUUCUUCUCUAGACACUGCAACACCAGGUGACGAUGGAAGAAUUCAGGAAGAGCACAAUGUGGAAGAGUCUGACAAUCUGAAGGGUGAUGCUAUGUUAAUCAAGGAACUCUGGGAAUCCCAUGAAAUCAACGAUCCGAACAUUGUUGCAGAGGAUGAGGAAUCGUAUUUCUAUUCUAAGUUGCUUGAUGCCCUCAAAAUAUAUCAUCGCACCAUGCCAUCGGUUGUAGAGGGGUCAUUUGAUUUCUUUAAAGUUCUACCCAACAAUGCUUUAUCAUUACCAACUGUUCUGCAGCAAUCUUUAUUGUCACUGUUAGUUGAACAUAUCGGUGGUUCUUCUAAACAAGAUAUUCCCAUCAGAUACCCGCCACUGAUGUACAAACAUCUAAUGCAUUUCAUUAAUUUUGUUGUAAAUUCACCCGUCAAAGACAUAAAAGAUCAAGCUUAUGUGCUGGCACGGGCAGCCAUGUUAAGUAGCGGUGCAUUUGACAACAAUGCAAGGGAAAUUGAUGGAUGGUUUUUAUUUCUUCCUGGGUUUAGCACCAAAUCCAUUGAAGAGAGGGAAAUCGAAACCGUCCAGAACUUGUCUUCUGUUGUCAUUUCUUUUUUCUGUGAUGCUGUUUCUACGGUUGGAAACAAUUUAUUCAAAUAUUGGGAUCUUCUCAGGCUUCAAAUCAUUCAUCUGGAAAGUGUUAAAGAUGUUUAUCCUCGGUUCAGUCCUCUCUUUGUUUGUGUCCUGGAGAAGUGCCUGAGGUUGCUUGGUUCCAAGUCAGAGACCUUUAAUUUGCCUGAGAAGUCUAUGAUAUCUAUGUAUGUUAGCAACACCUUGAGAUACCUCUUGCAAACUCAGGUAGAGGCUGGAUUGCUAUCUUCUCUGAUAUGCCAUUCAUUAUCUGAAAGACUUGAAGCUGUUGAUGUUGAUUUCUGCGAGUGGAGGCCAUUAAAAAGUUUGUUGCACUUUUCAAGGAGCAUUUCAAAUCAAGAAAGUUGCAUGCUUUCUUCAGUUGAUGGAAAAAGGGGUGUUCUUGAUGAUUCUUUUGUCAAUCUUCUUGCUGAAGUUACAAGUCUAGCGGAGAGUGAGCAUAAUGCUAGGAUAACCACCGCGUUUUCAUCGUCAAUGCUUUGUGCUGCACCUGGUCUAAUAUUGCAGCAUUUUCCGGCAGUUAUAUCUAUUUCACAAAACCUAAGGGGAGUACCUUUUUCUAUUCUAUUGUCUAUCUGUUUUUCUGAAAGGGGUUUCCUUAACGAUAUUUUCAAGUCAUGGCCUGAGUUGUCGUUUGCGGGCUUAGAAAAAGUUGUCACUGCAGUUCUUGAUCAAAAGAAAGGGGAUUCUUGUAGCAUUGAUUCAAGUAACUCUUCUGAAGCGUUCUCUUAUUUCCUGAAGCAGGCUCCAUUUUAUGUGCUAUUUCCAGCUAUUAUAGGCAUUGAAUGCUCAUAUUUAUCCGAUUCAUCCAAAUUUCAGGACAUGCUUUUGGCUAAGCUGUCUAGAGAGAUGUCUGAUAACUUUGUUUCUUCUUUUCGCCUUGUGUUCUUCUGGUUUCAUCGUGUACAAUCUUCCUACCGUAAUGGACCAGCGAAAGAGCUUGUGCAGAUCUCUGAAAUCUGUUUUACUCUCAUAAAGAGAAUGUUGCUGCACCUGUCAGCCGGGAAUAAUGGUUCUGAUUGUUCAAAAAUAUUAUCGGCUCCUGGGUUCAAUCAUUAUGCCCAAGAAAUUGCUGAAACUGUUUUCUGCCAUCCUGCAGUUAUAGGUGCUUUAGAAAGUCCAUUAUCUGUUAACAAGGAACUUAAAGGCAAUAUUGUUGAGCACUUGGCAGAUAAUUUUCUUUGUUUAGCAAGAGAAGGAAUUCAUAGAAUGGAUCAUCAUGUCUUGGAAGUACUAGCAAUAUGUUGUAACCAAAUGUCCUCCUUUAGCAAUGAUGUAAAAUUUCCUGGGGAUUUUGGGUAUGCAAAUAAGCAGAUUGCAAGGGUUUUCAAGUGCCUCCUCCAGAAGUUGGUUCAGCUGCUAAAGGACCGCUUUGAUCAGUUCAUAGAAUCUGAAGAUCCACUGCCCCUGAUCCCAACAUUAUUUGCUUUACACAAUUUGAUUCGAUUCAUAUCCCCUCAGGAGCUGCUUGAAUUGGUUUGUUGGAUGUUCUUGAGAAUUGGCCUUAAUGAUUCUUCUGUUCUGGAAUCUCCUAAAAUUUCAGCGCUCUCUGUUGGAUUAAACCUUGCUGGUUGUGCUUUUGACUUGCUGUUGUGUUAUAUGCAGCAACCAUAUGCCAAGGAAGUACCAUUUUGUUUUGGUGGCAUACAAAAGUUUGAUGUUGCUCUAUUCGAGAGAGUGUAUUUUCAUGUAGUUCAGAUUGCUUCCUCUUCCGAACUAGUAGUUGCAGAUCUUUGCUUGCUGAAAGCUGUUAAGAUUGCAAAUACAUGUAGUGGUCCAACUCUUCUAUCUAUCCGACAAUGCAUGGUUGUGUCAAGGAUAGUAGCAAGCACACCCAUGAAUUUGCUUUCAAAAUGCUUUCAAAGCAUUAGCAUGAUUAAGGCUCAACUAUUGUUUCAUUUAACUGAAUCGAGCCUCCUUCAUCUGUCUUUCUUUGCACUUCCUUUUAUGGAGAUGGUGAACAAAUCUCUAGUUAAGAAAAAAAGGAAGAGUGGUGUAUGUGAUGAAGAUAUGGUGAUGCUACUGCCAGUUGCUCUAUCUUUCUUAGAUUUUAUCUCCAUGAGAUAUGGGGAAAAGUGUUACAAGCAUCUUACAAGCGUACAUUCUUUGUAUUGGGAAAUAUUGCUUGAUGGGUUCUCUAAUUGGAAGACCUUUGUUUCUAGGGAUCUAUUUCAAGUAAAACUAAACAAAUCUGUGCCUUCAACUGUGGAAGAGCUUUGUAAUCUUCUCAAUAACAGUCUUCUUGGAAGAGCAGUUGCUGUCAUGCGGCAUCAUCUUGUAUCAAGCGGGGCCACUGUCAAACGGAGCAAGCGAUUGAAGUUAUUUGAUUCUGUUCUUCCAUCUGGUAGUGAUAAACUUCUGGACUGUGAUGCUGUUGAAAUUGAUCGUUAUUCCAUCGAUCAAUCUUUGAAUCUUAUUCUGAAGUCAGUCGCGAAGGUACUUCUUUGUAAGAUGGUGUUAUUUCCCAAGGAAAAUAUUCAAGUUCUUGCCAAAGGAGAGGAAGCAGAUGGAGAGAUAGAACUUACUUCUUUGGAGGCAAUGUCUAGCAAAGAAUACUUAAGAAGUGUAUUGUUCAUAAAUACGUUGGUGUCGACUUGGCGAUUAAUCGUCAAAAUAUUCCCUUCAAAGUCAAAUGAUCGUUCAGAAGUUGAAGGCACAAAAUGUGCGUUGUUCAGGCUUUUGGAAGUCUUUAUAUUCAGGAAUUUUAUUGAAGUUACUGCAGAGAUGCAUAAGAAUUCUGAUAGAAUGUCAAAUUCUCUGGUUAACCUAGAACAGAUUGCAAGAUCUUGUCUUCUUCACAGGUUUGAGGAUCCUGCAACACUCAGCAUGCUUCGAGUUAUUUUCACCGGCCAAGCUGAUGAUAAAUCUUUGCAUAUACAAAUUCUUCAGCUGCUGUUGGCUCACUCUCAGUUUGCACCCACCAUUCAAUCUGCCACUAAAUCUUCUAGUUCUCUACAGUUUGGUAUCAUUUUCAGACCCAUGUCCAGUAUUCUGAGAUCACUUACUUUCAACAGUACGGAUCAUAAUGUCCUUAAAGUAGACAGGUCACAGUCAUCUGAGCUGUACAUGAAGCAAUUGGAAAUUGUCAAAUUGCUUAGGGUGCUAUGCCAUAUUAGGGCUCAGCUGGGUACCCUUGGUUUUGAACAAGAUAUUGGGAUAAAUUCUAAAGAAUUGCUGUUCUUGCUUCUCUCUUCUUAUGGUGCUACUCUCAGUGAAAAAGACUUGGAGAUUUAUAAACUCAUGCAUGAACUUGAAAGUAAUGAUGAGUCAGGCUCGAGUUAUAUUGCUGAUAUGGAUUAUCUGUGGGGAACUGCUGCUACAAGGGUGAGGAAAGUACGGGAGACAGAGCAGGCCUUUUUUUCUGAUGACAUGGAUGACACCGAAGCUCAACAAAAACGCCGGAAAAGUCAAUUCAGAGAAAACCUUCCAAUUGACCCCAGAAUAUGUGCAGCUACGGUACUUCAUUUUCCCUAUGACAGAAAAAUGAGACCAGGAGAUCUAUUUCCUAACAAGCUUCCAGUUAAUAAUGCAGAACCUUUGGAUGAGGCACGAACUGCGAAUAUUGAGACAAUACACAUUUAUGAUCCAGUUUUCAUCUUGCGGAUGUCAUUGCAUGGUUUGUCGAUGGAUUACAUCGAACCAGUUGAAUAUGCGAGCUUAGGUCUGCUUGCUGUUGCGUUUGUUAGUUUAUCCUCACCUGAUGAUGAGAUCCGAAAAUUGGGCUACAAGGUUCUGGCAGUAUUCAGGAAUGCAUUAGAGAUAAGUCAAAAGAGAAAGGAUGUAAACCGACUUCUUCUGUUGCUGACGUAUGUGCAAAACGGUAUAGGAGAGGCAUGGCAGAGGAUUCCUUCUAUACAUGCUGUAUUUGCUGCUGAGGCGUCCGUAUUGUUAUUGGAUCCUUCAAAUAAUCAUUACAAAAUUAUAAGUAAACUUCUUAUGCAUUCACCUAUGAAUACGAAGAUGAUAUCAUUUUUUGAUGAGUUCUUCUGGAGUAAUUCUGUUGAUUUUAAAUCGGGUAGGAUAUGGAUGCUUCGCCUACUUUAUUCUGGCCAAAAUCUAGACGAUGAUGCUCAGAUUUAUGUCCGGAGCUCAGUUUUAGAGAAACUGCUAAGUUUUUACAGUUCUUCUCUUUCAGACAAUGAAUCAAGGGAAUUAAUCCUUCAGAUUGUGAAGAAGGUCGUUAAAUUUGAUAAGACGUCUAGAUAUUUAAUUGAGCACUGUGGUGUAAUUUCAUGGUUGUCAUCUCUUAUUUCAAAUUUCUGUGGAAGUACAUACCAAGAAAAGAGGGGUGGUUUACUGGCCCAACUUGCAGUAAUACUGGAGGUAGUAAAUGAUGUUGUCACUUCCAGGAGCACAAUUCAGUGGUUGGAAGCACAUUCUGUGGAGCAGCUGACACAACUUUCAUGUCAUUUGUAUGCGCUUUUUGCUGAUAGCUUUGAGCUUGUAAAAGAAAUUCACUUGGUUGAUUCAGUUUUGGAAGUACUUGCUUCAACACUGAAGAUAUCACAAAAGAGGGAUGCAUUCCAACCGCAUUUAACCUUUUCUGUUGAAGGUCUAUACCAGUUGUCCCAAGCCAUUGAUGUAUGUUGUAAUGGAGAGCAUAGUCCUACUGCAGAGUUGGGACUUGAAGUUUUACUGAUGAGCACUCCCCAAGCAGCACUUUUCAGCAUGGACCUGGAAAAGCUUCAGAAGUUCAUCCUUUGGGCAGUCUCAAUUGCUCUUCAGGCAAACUCAUCAACUCAUCUUCCAUCUGAAGGAUCUGAUUACAAUAUUCAAUCUAGUCUGGUGAAGGAACAAACCAAUGAUUCAUUGCUAUCGAAGCUUUUACGCUGGUUGACUGCUUCUGUAAUUCUAGGAAGGCUUUCAUGGCAAUCGAGAGAUGUGGAAUCCAAAUAUAAUCUUGAUAACUCACUUCCAGAAACAUUGCAAUCUUUUCUUGAGGCAGAAUGGCCAGUGCAUGUAUCAAGUCAGGCGGGAUCUGGCUCUGAAGAACUACUAGCUGCUAUUAUAUAUUACCUUCAACAGAUUCUUGGGAGGAAAUGCGAAGUGCUUCCAUCUGUUGUUAGUUCACUUUGUUUGUUACUUUUUCCUGAUUCCUCCCACACAGGAUCAGAUGCACUGCCUGAUGGAGGAAGUACUUUGACGUCGUUGCUAUCCUCAAUACCCUGCCCUGCUGAAGCUAAUCCUUCAUGGAGAUGGUCAUUUGAGCAGCCAUGGAAGAAUCCUUCAACCAAGAGUUCUUCUGUAGAUGAGCUUCAAGCAUGCCAAAGUAUCUUACUGGUGGUUUCCAAUGUUCUUGGCAAGAAGUCGUCGCUUUCACACUUCAUCUCAAUUCUAGAUGUGGAAAAUUUAGAUGUGUUUAAAUGGGAAAGAAAUCUUGUUGUAGAGACUGAAUAAUGUGUUUGUUAUCGAGCAUAAUAUAUUGCUAAUGAGAAACAAGUCUCGUGUAGGCUGAAAGCCUUCAGGGAUAGUUUCGAACAUAUCAUUCUUCACUUUUGAUUGUUUGCAAACGUUCAUCCUACCUUUACAUCCUCUUUUCGAGUGAGAUAUACCAUGU